UCGGACCUGGGCCCCGCUCGCUCACCGGCGCGCUCGCUCGGCUCCCGGCGGGGGCCGCGGGUUCGGUCCGUCCGUCGGUGCGCUCCCGACUGUCCUCCCGCCCGGGACUCCGGGUCCCCGCGGGCGGCCGCGCAAGAUGAAGCUGGCUCUGCUUCUGCCCUGGGCGUGCUGCUGCCUCUGCGGGUCGGCGCUGGCCACCGGCUUCCUCUACCCCUUCCCGGCCGCAGCCCUGCAGCAGCACGGCUAUCCUGAGCAGGGCUCCGGCUCUCCCGGCAGCGGCUACGGGAGCCGCCGGCACUGGUGCCAUCACACGGUGACACGGACGGUGUCCUGCCAGGUGCAGAACGGCUCAGAGACAGUGGUCCAGCGCGUGUACCAGAGCUGCCGGUGGCCCGGGCCCUGCGCCAACCUCGUGAGGACUCUGAUCAGACCCACGUAUAGAGUGUCCUACCGCACAGUGACGGCGCUGGAGUGGAGGUGCUGCCCUGGCUUUACCGGGAGCAACUGUGACGAGGAAUGCAUGAACUGUACCCGGCUCAGUGACAUGAGUGACCGGCUGACCACGCUGGAGGCCAAGGUUCUCCUUCUGGAAGCAGCAGAGAGGCCCUUGGGCCCGGACAAUGACCUGCCGACCCCCCAGAGCACCCCACCGCCCUGGAACGAGGAUUUCCUCCCUGACGCCCUCCCUCUCGCCCACCCCGGGCCCCAAAGGAGAAGGCCCACGGGCCCGGCCGGGCCCCCGGGACAGACGGGACCACCAGGGCCUGCAGGUCCCCCAGGCUCCAAAGGUGACCGGGGCCAGGCAGGAGAGAAGGGUCCAGCGGGUCCUCCUGGCCUCUUGGGGCCUCCAGGGCCCCGUGGGCUUCCUGGAGAGAUGGGGCGCCCCGGCCCCCCCGGCCCCCCCGGCCCAGCAGGCAGCCCAGGCCUCCCUCCAAACGGCCCCCAAGGCGUCCUCUACUCCCUGCAGCCGCCGACAGACACGGACAAUGCAGACGCGCAGCUGGCCUCUGCCGCCGUGGACACCGUGCUGGCGGGCGUCCCAGGGCCCCGGGGCCCCCCCGGCCCUCCAGGUCCCCCUGGACCACACGGUCCCCCUGGACCUCCAGGUGCUCCAGGAUCCCAGGGCCUGGCUGGAGAGCGGGGCGUGACAGGGCCGCCCGGCGAGCCUGGCGGGAAGGGGGAAGAGGAGGAGAAAGCUACCGCCGAGGGCGAGGGGGUGCAGCAGCUGCGGGAGGCGCUGAAGAUCCUGGCUGAGAGGGUCCUCAUCCUGGAGCACAUGAUCGGGAUCCACGAUCCCCUGGCCUCCCCUGAUGGGGGCUCCGGCCAGGACGCCGCUCUGAGAGCCAACCUCAAGAUGAAGCGCGGUGGCCCCCCACCCGAUGGCUCCCUGGCUGCCCUGCUUGGCCCCGACCCUGGGCAGAGGAGCGCUGGCCGGGCCAGCGGCGGGAAGUAAGAGGCCAGCGCUCCAGGACAAGCCCCGACUCCACCAGAGACCCAGCCCCGGGGCCUGUGCUGCCACUGGCACCUGAGGACACCCGAGUGGGACCGGGCUCCAGGCCUGGACUAUCGUCAGGGACACUGACUGGCUCCUGGGGGCUGGGGGCCUUGGGGACAGAUGACAGCUCCAGGGGCAGGGGCCAGAGGCCAGAGCCCUGCCCUGGCCCCUUCCCUCCUCAUCCGCGCUUCCUGCUGGAGACGGGGUCCGGUGGGCCAGGUGGGCUGUGAGAAUAGUCAUAAUACUCAUCAUUUACUGGGUCCCUGCAUCGUUUGGGCCUGUCCGAGGAGCUUCCCUACAUUGUCUCAUUUAACCCUUAGGAGGUAGGCUUGUUACCCCGACUUUACAGGGGGG